AUGUUGACGAUAAUGAGAAUUCUUCCUCCUAAGGUUAAUCCAUCGGUUUAUAAUAUGGUGUAUCGAGCUCGUGGAGAUGUUAGUUACUCGGAACUUGGUGGUUUAUCUGAUCAAAUCAGAGAUUUACUUGAAUGUAUCGAACUUCCUCUCACAAAUCCUGAAAUUUUUCAACGAGUUGGUCUAAAACCUCCUAAGGCAGUACUUCUCUAUGGACCUCCUGGCACCGGAAAGACAUUGUUAGCUAGAGCAAUCGCUAGCAAUACCAAUUCGACUUUUUUGACGGUUGUUUCUAGCGCGAUUGUAAGCAAGUACAUGGGAGAUAGUCAAUUGUUAGUGAGAGAAAUGUUUAAAUAUGCUCGUGAUCAUCAACCUUGUAUCAUCUUUAUGGAUGAGAUUGAUGCUAUUGGUAGACGUCGAUGCAACCAAGGAGAAGUAGAAACUAGUGACUGUGAUAGAAUCCUCAUCGAGCUUCUCUCUCAGCUUGAUGGAUUCAAUGAACUUGAUAAGGUGAAAGUAAUAUUUGCAACAAACAGACCUGAUGUUCUUGACCCUGCGCUUGUUCGACCUGGUAGAAUCGAUAAGAAGAUAGAGGUUCCAUUGCCUAAUCAAGAUUCUAGAUUGAGAAUUCUUAAGAUUCAUGCUUCUGGUAUAACUAAACAAGGAGAGAUUGAUUACGAAAGUGUCGCGAAACUAUCUGAGGGAUUCAAUGGAGCAGAUAUGUGUAACAUAUGUACCGAAGCAGGGAUGUUAGCUCUGCGUGCAAAGCGUGAUUACGUUGUAACUAACGAUUUCAUCAAGGCUGUAAGAAAACUAGGCGAAGCGAAGAAACUGGAGUCCAGUGCACAGUACAACUAA